AGUAAUGUCUCCAGGGGAUCAGGUGGCUCGUAACUGUUUAUAGACACAGCCCAGGGAGCCCCCAGUGUUUGGGGAGAGAGUGGCUGACGCUCUUUGCCUCCAGAAGUGACGUCAGAAGGUCUGGCCUCAAGGGAAGUGAGCCGCCGUGGAGUCCCCUCCUUGUUGGGGCCAGCCCUCUGCCCACACUCACCAGGAAACAAGGCUUCAGAUGGAAGAAAUAAAAGAGAACACAGGGCGGUGGUGUCAAGCUGGGGCAGGAAGGACGUAAGGAGGCAGCUGUGUGGUCGGAGCAUCCAGGUCACCCACCAGCCCCCCCCGACUCAGCGGUAAUUUGAGGCUCAUGCUGCCUCCUUGGAAGGCGAGACCUUUGAGCUCACUGCCCCUUGGUCCCUCCUGCCUCCAGGCUGCUGGGCUUCAGCUGGAACCUAAAGGGACGCCCCCUCCCACCCCAAGCUGUCAUGGCCCUGACCACAGAAGUGGGGAGACAGCCACCGCUGAGUGAGCUGGAGGGGGUGCCCCUGCCAGCGGCCACGGUGGACAACUGGGGCCAGAUCCAGGGGUUUGAGGCCAAGCCGGACGACCUCGUCAUCUGCACCUACCCGAAGUCAGGGACAACAUGGAUCCAGGAAAUCGUGGACAUGAUUGAGCAGAACGGGGACGUGGAGAAGUGCCAGCGGGCCACCAUCCAGUACCGCCACCCCUUCCUCGAGUGGGCCCGGCCGCCCCAGCCCUCGGGUGUGGAGCAGGCCCCGGAGAUGCCGUCCCCACGGGUGCUGAGGACUCACCUUCCCACCCAGCUGCUGCCGCGGUCCUUCUGGGAAACCCGCUGCAAGUUCCUUUAUGUAGCUCGAAAUGCCAAAGACUGCAUGGUGUCUUACUACCACUUCCAGAGGAUGAACCAGACGCUCCCCGACCCCGGCCCCUGGGAGGAGUACUUGGAAACCUUCCUCAGUGGAAAAGUGGGCUGGGGCUCCUUUGAGCACGUGAAAGGCUGGUGGGAGGUGAGACACAGGUACCAGAUCCUCUUUCUCUUCUACGAGGACCUCAAGAGGGACCCGAAGCGUGAGAUUCAGAAGGUAGUGCAGUUCCUGGGAAAGAGUGUGGAUGGACCUGUGCUGGACAGAAUUGUCCAGGAGACGUCAUUUGAGAAGAUGAAGGCAAACCCCAUGACCAAUCGUUCUUUGGUUCCCAAGUCUAUCCUGGACCAGUCGAUUUCCCCCUUCAUGAGAAAAGGAACCCUGGGGGAUUGGAAAAACCACUUCACGGUGGCUCAGAACGAGAGGUUUGAGGAAAUCUACAGGCGGAAGAUGGAAGGAACCUCAAUCUGCUUCUGCACGGAACUCUGAGCAAGACAGAAACAAAGGGGCAACAGCCAGGGUGCAGCCCCACCCUCGGCCCCAGCUGAGUCUCGGGAAGCACGUGUAAACCCCCUGUGGUUAGUAACAGCGGAUACCAACUUCAUCUCUAAAACGGAUCAUGCCUAACGCUCAUUGUCCCAACCAUUCCUUCCAAAGUAAGAAAUAAGAUGUAAGAAAUAAAUGAAAUAAAACACAAGACUUGGAUACUGCAAGGA